UCUCGACUAUUUGCAGCAUCCCACUGGCUCACGGCUGGUAUUUUGUUCAAUUGCGCGCGGCUCUGAACAAGGUGCUGAGGAUCAAACUGCCGCUGCCCACCAAUCACGCCCCGUGGCCAUCGCCAUAUGCGCUCCGUAACGUGGGGCCGACAAGAGUCACCCGGUGACUGCACCCGAGCCUGCAUAGCAGUACAGCCUGCUGGGAAGAACCGCACGCGGCUUUCCAGAAUCGCCCGCCAUGAGCUCCCAGCCCUUUGAGGACGACAUCAUGUCGUUCCCCGAUUCGUCCGAGUUUGAUUAUACCGCCUACCUGCAGCCCGACGCGGGCUUCAUGGACGGUGUGCAGGGCUAUUCGACCACGCUGUCGGAAUCGUCAGGAGGAGCGCACACACCUCCGUACUCCAGCUCCAAAAGCCUGUCCAGCGGCAAUAACAACAAUAGCCACCUCGAGCUGAGCCUUCGCCGGACGCCGAUGCAGCAAAGGCAGCGGCUAGAGAGGCGAGGCCAUACCAAAAGCCGUAGGGGAUGCUACAACUGCAAGAGGCGGCGCAUCAAGUGUCAAGAAACACACCCAGCAUGCGGCAACUGCGUCAAAACGGGAUUGAAUUGCGAAUACCCGGUUUCGCCGCAGAUUAUACACCAGCCGCACAAUCAGAUACCAUUAUUCAGCUUGCAAGAUAUGCGAUGCUUUCAGCACUUUCUGACCCAGUGCUACCCUCACCAUCCGUUGAGGCAAGAAGAGAUUUGGACGCACGAGAUUCCAAGCAUAGCACACAACCACGAAUUUCUUAUGCAUGCGAUCCUUGGCUAUGCGGCCUCGGAGUUGAUGGACACAGAUAGUAGCCUUGCACCGGUGGCGAUGAAUCACCGUAUAAAAGCGAUCAAGGCCAUCAAGAAACGAUUAACAGAUGCCUCAAAGAUGGACACGACAUACGAGGAGGCGAACGCUCUGGUAGCUACCUGCUUCGCACUUACUUUCCAAUCGGUCAGCCUCGAGGACGGAUUAGCUGAGUACAUGACAUUCAUUCGGGGGAUUGUCAUUGUGGGAAUGCAAAUGAUGUUUAAGAGCAUCAAGCCUCUUUUUAGUAAUCUGUUUGAGUCAAACCAAGACGAGGUCCUUGCGCCGUAUAUGGAGGGGCUGCCUUUAAUUGAGAAGGGGUGGGCUGAGACUGCCAUUGAGUCGAUUACCAACUUGGGGCCGCUUUGCACACGGCAAGUCGAGAUUGAAUACCACGAGAAGCUUAUGACCAUUUCGUCUCAACUGCUUACCAAUUCCUUCGAGGCAUACAAGGCCAAUUCGAAGCAAUACGCAUGGUGGAUGCUGCUACCCCAUGAUUCAUUCCAAGAGCUCAUCAAUGCCAACAACCAGAUCGUCAUUUUGUUGCACACACACUGGAUAGCCCUGUCGCAAAUCAUGGCUUUCAUCAUUGAGCGGGAAUACGACGUGCGAGAGAAGCAUCCUGCUCAGCAGGAAAAUGCCCGCAUCGACCCAGGAUUCAUCCGCUGGCUUAAGCAUCUCAACGCGCGCGUAGAUUAUGCUCAUCAGAUGUUCAAUCAGUGGCCGAGGUGGGUAGACGAACAGCUGGAUAACGACAUUACUUUCUUUGGGAAGCGUCGGUAGAUGUAUGUCUUGUUUGUAUGUGAAGUAGGAAGCAAUUGGAAUUUCGGCGUUCCUUCUUUUUUCAAUGUAUCUUUGCGACAUAUAUCCAAUAAUUGAUACAAACGAGAUAUAGUAAAUACACUUGGUCACUUGGAAA